AUGAAUCCCGAAAUGGAGGUCGCAGCGGAUCUCAUCGUUCCCCUCGACCCCAACAUCCUAUGUAUUUCAGAUGAAGAGAAGGAUUUCCUACUGAAAGCUGUCCAUCCAGACUGUGAUGUUAUUCGAGCCCGCAUCUUCGAGGUUCAGAAAGAGGCUAGCGAGAAGUAUCCGUACCCAUGCAUACGGGCCUUCCAUUUCGCCAAUCUCAUGAUGCGAAAGAACGCGAUCUACCCUUCCGUAGUUGAGGCGGGCAGGAAAGGCGAUACUCUCCUGCUUGAUUUAGGGUGCUGCAUGGGAACGGACGUGCGCAAGCUCGUUCUGGAUGGAUACCCAGCGACAAACGUGCUCGGGUGCGACCUCCGGCCCGAGUUCAUCCAGUUGAGCCACAAGUUCUUCUCCGACUCCCCCGUCACCUGCAAGAUCCGCUUCUUCGCGGACAACGCCUUCGACCUUCCGCUCGGGACCACCGAAUCAGAGCCACCGACCGAGGUGCCGACCGAGGUGACCAGCCUCUCCCAGCUCCAGGGCGCCCUGACGCACGUCUACACCGGCGCGUUGUUCCACCUGUUCAACGAGGAGAAUCAGUACGCGCUGGCGCUGCGCGUCGCGUCGCUGCUCAAACGCGUGCCCGGUGCGGUUGUCUUUGGGCGACACCAGGGCCUGGAGAACGCAGGGACGAUCGACGACCACCUCGGAAGAGACCGAUACGGGCACUCGGAGGCGUCUUGGACCGACAUGUGGAAGAGGGUGUUUACGAAGCUCGAGUGCGAUACCUUCGCAACGGAGCGCGUGGUGGUCCAGGCGCGCCUCACGGAGGGAUUCCAGAGGAACAUCUUUCAGUCUCAUAGAACCCAUCGCAUGUUGUACUGGAGCGUGUGUAUUGUCUGA